AUGGCCGAUAGCUAUCGAGUGGAAACGAUACCGCCGUACACGGAGCUGGGCGAAGGACCGCACUGGGACAUCGCCCGCCAGAGUCUGUACUACGUGAGUCUAACCAAUGCGUUGAUCUACCGGUUGGACUACCGGCAGGGUACAGUGUACAGUGCAUCGAUCGAUGGCAUCCGUUUCGCAACGUUCAUCGUACCGGUGAAGGAUAGGCAGGAUUGUUUCGUCAUCGGUGAUACGAUUCGGUUGAUGGUGAUACGCUGGGACGGUGUAGCGACCAAGGCGACCAUCGUACGGGAGCUGGCAAGGCUCGGCACGGAGCACGCGGAAAAUCGUUUCAACGAUGGUAAGGUUGAUCCCUGGGGACGGCUGUACGUGGGCUCGAUGCUCACCGAAACGGCUGGCAAUCCGUUCGAACGGGCAACCGGUUCGUUGUGGCGGUACUGUGACCGUACCGGGCAGCUAGUCGAGCAGGAUCGGAACAUGUACAUUUCGAACGGUUUGGCCUGGAACCGGCAGACGAACAAGUUUUACUUCGUCGACUCGGGUGCAAAUCACAUCAAGGAGUACGACAUCGAUCUGGAUGGCAAUUUGGCAAAUCCCAAAGUUUGGUUCGAUUUCAAACCCGAUGGUAAGGAUCCGGGAUACUUCUGCGAUGGUAUGACGACCGAUAGUGAGGGAAACCUUUACGUGGCAUGUUUUAAUGGCUUCAAAGUGGUCAAAAUCUCACCAGAUAAAAAAAUUCUCCAAGAAAUCAAAAUUCCCGCCAAACAAGUCACCUCGGUAGCGUUCGGUGGACCAAAGCUGGAUGAACUUUACGUAACGACGGCGGCCAAAAAUAUCACCGGACCACAGAAGGACCCAGCUGGUGCUACCUUCAGGGUGACCGGACUUGGUGCAAAGGGAUUAGCUAUGAAUGAGGUCAUUCUGAAGGACUAA